AUGGGUGUUUCGACGAUGACAGCAGGUCGAAUUCGAAAGGGACAAAUACUUGGUCAGUUGGGUGAAGACUACAUCACUGAAAUGGAACAAUUUUCGCAUCUAGGACUUGUUAAGACUUAUUGUACGGAUCAUCAAACACCAGAUUCGGCUGCAACAGCAACUGCUUUAUUAUGUGGAGUAAAAACAACACUUGGUACAAUUGGUUUAGAUGGACGAGUUUCACGAGCAAAUUGCUUGAGUUCGCACGGAACACACGUCGACAGUAUACUGAAUUGGGCAAAAGAGCUGGGACAUGCUGUUGGUAUUGUGGUUACUUCUCGGGUUACUCAUGCUUCACCAGCUUCUGCCUAUGCUCAUUCACCAGACCGUAAUUGGGAAGGUUACGAUUCGACCAAUUUUGGAGCGAAAGAAGUCGCACAAGGCUGUGUAGACAUUGCUCGUCAGCUCAUACUCCAAUCACCACCGAUCGACAUUGUUUUAGGUGGAGGUCGAAGAUUUUUCUAUCCAAAUCAAAAACCUGAUGUCGCAAAUUCUUCAUUACAUGGAGCACGUACAGACAAUAUGUCACUGAUUGAUGAGUUUUGGAAUGGUAAAUAUAUUUGGAACAAGACAGAACUUCAUAAGAUCGUAUUGGGAUCGCCAGAACCAAUACUUGGCCUGUUCCAUUAUGACCAAAUGCGUUUUGAGACGGAUCGAAUUCGAAAUCCGAAAGAAGAGCCGAGCUUGUCAGAAAUGGCCACAUUUGCUAUCGAACAUCUGCUGUUGAAAAGCAGAAAUAAAAAUGGCUUUUUUCUAUUCAUCGAAGGAAGUCGAAUUGAUCAUGGCCAUCAUUUUACUCAAGCGAGAUAUGCUCUUGAUGAUUAUGUUGAAUUCGAUAAUACUAUUGGACAAGUAAAACGUAUACUACAAGAUAAAGGUGUUCUCGAUGACACAUUACUUGUUGUUACUGCUGAUCAUUCAAAUCCUUUUUCUUUCGGUGCUGGUUCGGCUCGUGGUUCCAAUAUUUUUGGAUAUGGUUCUUUAGAAAAUGUUAACGUCAGCACUAUUGAUAAAAUGCCAGUACAUAUUAUAACUUAUGGCAACGGUCCAAAUUUUGCAGCUACUCGCAAUAAGACAUAUUUCGAUUCGAUAGAUUUUAAUGGAACCGAAUACAAAUGGCCAGCAGCUAUUCCAAUGUUAGAAGCAACACAUUCAGGUGAAGAUGUAGCUGUGUUUGCACAAGGACCAUGGAGUCAUUUGUUUAUAGGAACAAUGGAACAACAUACGAUUGCUCACAAAAUGGCAUAUGCAGCUUGUUGGGGUGCUUAUAAAAAAAGAAAAGGAUGUAAAUGA